UCUCCUUUCCUUCCCACUCCCACUCUGCCUCGGAUGGCCCCGCCCGUGGUCGUGUACGUCGUUGUCGCGGUGAGCGUCGUCGGUGCUGCGCUUGCCUUCAAGGAGUUCGUCUAUGAGCCCCACAUUGCCCCGCGCGUGGAGCGCUGGGCGGAGGAGUUUGUCAGCAAGCGGAAGGCCAAGAAGGCUGCGAAGCAGAGGACCAGGGAGGCGGUACCUGUGCCUGGCUCUAGCGCUGGCACGGAGACCGGCAAGGUCGGGGAAGGCCGACGAAGUAUGACGGUGACAGAUCUGGACACCAAGAACACUUACGAGCUGGAGACGAUGGUCGCCCAUGAGGUGUCACAGUGGAGAGAGCAGGUGCAGGGCGUGUCCACGCUCCGCCAGCGCCGGCCAGCCUCUGCGUUGGAUGAGUCGAAUGUCAUCAUCCCGUACGACCCGAUGGCGCCGACACAUGUGCUCUUUGACGACUCACUCAGCGUGGGCUCGCCGGGCUCGAGCAUUAGCAGUCGGGUGCCCACUCCCUUGUCGAACAGCACCCUGUCCAACCAGUCCUUCCGCACCCCGCCCCCGCCUGUCGCCUUCCAAGCUCCACCCACACCUGAUCCAUCCGUCCAUCCAUCGUCGCCCGCGCCCUCCCAUAACCCAUUUGAAGACGGGUCUGCUACCUCCGAACCGUUCUCCUCCCCCGCGCACGUGCCCAGUCUCUCCCUCUCGCACCCAGUCGACCUCGCCGCGGACGCCGAGCACGAUCUCGAGCUGCUCUCCGCCCCAUCUUCCUCCGCGCCCUCCGAUUCGUCCCGCCCGGUUUCCCCCUCCGCGUUUUCCGAAUCCGCAUUCUCUACCACCGACGAGCAGGUCUUCCACUCGUUCACCAUGUCGCCCUCUAUGACGCUUGGCUCCACAAACGUCAUGCCGGGCGGGCCGUCUUUCCGAGUCCCCGCGUCCCCUGCGGUGAAUUCGUUGGGUAUGUCCAGUGGCUCGGACAUCGGCGACGACGAGCUGGAGCGCUGGAGCAACGCGGGCAGCGACAUUACUGGGAGCGAGUCGAGCUGGACGAGCGCCGGCGUGCGCAGCCGCUGA